AUGUAUGAAAUUGGCGACGAGGAUAAUCAAAGGUUGUAUUACAAAAUGGGAUCAGUUUUACUACCAGAUGUUAGCGGUAUACAGAAUUUCGACAUUUCUGACUCGACAGGUUUGUCUGCACGUUGGAAACGAUGGCUUCGGGCGUUUCAACUAUUUGCCGCAGGAAAAGGGGUUACAGACGUAGAUCAAAAAUAUGCAUUAUUAUUGCACACAGCCGGAAUGAAUGUUCAAGACAUUUUCUUCACAUUGCCGGAAGGUGCCGGAGAAGGUGCAUAUGAGAAAGCGGUGAGUGCGCUAGAUGCUUAUUUCACACCACUUUCAAAUGCCCCUUAUGAACGAUCAAUUUUUCGAUCUAUGAUUCAGUCUUCUUCAGAGACAAUUGAACAAUAUAUAACGCGUCUUCGACAGAGAGCUGAUACAUGUGAAUUUGGCAAUCAAAAUGCAAUUGAUGAAAGAAUACGAGAUCAAAUUAUUGAUAAAUGUUUAAGUCACCAUCUCAGACGUAAAUUACUUGAGAAAGGUAGGACACUUACUUUAGCAAAUGUUAGAAGUAUUGCAAAAGCUAUGGAAGACUCAGAACGACAAGCUAAAUCAAUUGAAGGUCAAGGUCAAGUCAACAUGGUACAGUCAAAAGGUAAACAGUAUGGAAAGAACAGUUUUAAUUCUGGUAGCAAAAGUUUUAAUUCUGGUAAUAAGUCUACUUGUACAGCAACUUGCUACAGUUGUGGACGUGAAGGUCACAUUAGGACUGACCCAAGCUGUCCGGCUCGGGGGAAGAAAUGCAGGAAGUGCAAAAUUGUUGGUCAUUUUGAUAAAGUUUGUAAAACUAAGGAUAAGUCAAAACACGGAAAGAUUCGUCAAGUUGUUGAACAACCACAGAAUAACACGGAUGAUGAGGAAUAUGUAUUUAGCAUGAUCAGUGUAAAUCAGAUAAAUUCUGUAUGUGAUAAUAUUGUUGUCAAUAUAGGGAAUGUGAAUUUGAAAAUGAUAAUUGAUUCUGGAGCAUCAUGUAACAUCAUGGGAAUAAAUUUAUGGAAUUAUUUAAAAGAUAAUCAUGUGAAAUGUGUUUCGUCCAAGUCUACGAAGAGUUUAUUCGCAUAUGGCAGUGAGGAACCAUUGAAAAUCGCUGGGAUAUUUACAGCUACUGUACAAUGUAACAACAGAACUUUAAAUGAUAUUGAAUUUGUUGUUAUUGAAGGCAAAGGUCAGGCUUUGUUAAGUCGUAAUACAGCAGAACAGUUAGGUGUGCUGCAGCUUGUUCACAGUGUUAGUGAACCUGGAACAAUUAAGGACAAGUAUCCAGAAUGUUUUACAGGAGUUGGUAAAUUGAAAUCAUUUCAGUUACAGAUACCUAUCGACCCAGAUGUUGAACCCAUUAUUCAGCCUAUGAGGAGGGUACCGUUUAAUCUGCGCGAUAAACUUGGCAAGAAGUUAGAUGAACUUUUAGAUUUAGAUAUAAUUGAACAUGUCAAUGAACCUAGUCAAUGGGUUUCUCCAGUAGUAGUCGUGCCAAAACGUUCAGGUGAUGACAUCAGACUAUGUGUUGACAUGCGCCAAGCUAAUACAGCUGUGAAACGAGUACGACAUCCGAUUCCAACAAUAGAUGAACUAUUGCAAGAUAUGAACUCUAGUAAAGUAUUUAGUAAGCUUGAUGUAACUUGGGCCUAUCACCAAAUUGAGUUAAAACCAGAGUCUAGGGAAAUAACUACUUUUGUAACUCAUAAAGGGUUGUUUAGGUAUAAGCGCCUUAUGUUUGGUAUUAGUUGUGCCCCUGAAUUAUAUCAAAAUAUCAUGCAACAAGUCCUUCAGGGCUGUGAGGGUGUUCAUAACAUUAUGGAUGAUAUAAUUGUACAUGCUAGUAACCAGGUUGAACAUGAUAAAUGUCUAGAAAAUGUUGUUAGGGUACUGAGAGACAAAGGUAUUACUUUAAACAAUGAUAAAUGUGAAUUUAAUAUGUCCAAAGUAGUGUUCAUGGGUCAUGUUUUGUCUGGUCGGGGUAUUGGACCAGCAGAUGUUAAAGUCAAAGCUGUCGUUGAAGCAGGUGAGCCAAGAACUUCAGCAGAAGUUCGUAGUUUCUUAGGUCUUGUUAAUUAUAGUGCUAGAUUUAUUUCUGACUUAGCUACUAUUUCAGCUCCGCUGCGUGCACUUACUCGUAAAGAUGCAACGUUCACAUGGGGUAAAGAUGAACAAAGGUCGUUCGAUGAGCUAAAACGUCGUCUUACCAAUGCGGAAACUUUAGGUUAUUAUGACAAGUCGGCGCUGACUAAGGUAAUCGCAGAUGCUAGUCCAGUUGGACUCGGAGCCGUGCUCAUACAAGAACAAAACGGUGAGAUGCGCAUUAUUUCUUACGCGAGUAGGAGUUUAAGCGAUACGGAACGCAGAUAUUCGCAGACCGAAAAGGAGGCUCUAGCCUUGGUAUGGGCGUGUGAAAGGUUUCAUGUUUAUAUCUAUGGAAGCCAGUUCGAGCUCUUAACGGAUCAUAAACCGCUUGAGUGUAUUUACUCUACAAAGUCGAAAGUAUGUGCUCGAAUUGAGCGCUGGGUUCUUCGUAUGCAACCAUAUACAUAUACUGUACGGUAUAUUCCCGGACCGAAAAAUAUAGCUGACUCGCUAUCACGUUUGAUCAAAGAAGGGAAAACAUGUGACAAUCGGGAAAAUGUAACUGAGGAAUACGUUAAAUUUGUAGCUCAAGAAUCAACACCGGUUGCUAUGACAACACGCGAAAUCGAAAGAGCUUCCGAGAAUGAUCCUGAAUUAAAGGCUGUCCGAGAAUGUCUUGUUCACAGUCAGUGGCACCGCAUCGAGUUCAAAGAAUAUCUUCCUAUUCGAAGUGAACUAUGCGCUAUUGGUCAAUUAGUACUUCGGGGUACUCGUAUCGUGAUACCUAUUAGUUUAAGGGAACAGGUACUUCAGCUUGCUCAUGAAGGUCACCCUGGCAUUGUUGUCAUGAAAACGCGUUUACGAAGUAAGGUCUGGUGGCCAGGGAUAGAUAAAAGUAUUGAGAAGUUUUGUCGAAGCUGUUACGGUUGUCAAUUGGUUAGUCAACCUAGUAAACCCGAACCGUUAAAGCGUACAGAGUUGCCCUCUGCCCCGUGGCAACAUUUAGCUGCUGAUCUAUUAGGACCGUUACCGAGCAGUCAUUAUAUGUUUGUAUUAGUUGAUUAUUAUAGCCGCUAUUUUGAAGUCGCUGUUACUAAGAAUAUUUCAUCGGAAAAUAUUACGUCGUUGAUUUCAAAAUUUUGCUUGACUCAUGGAUUGCCGUUAUCAAUUCACACCGAUAAUGGACCCCAGUUUGUUAGUCAACAUUUUAAGAACUUUAUGUCCGAACAUGGUAUAGUCCAUCAUAGAACAACUCCGUUAUGGCCACAGGCUAACGGCGAAGUAGAGCACCAAAAUCGUUCGAUAAUGAAGCGUGUCAAAAUUGCGCAAGCGGAAGGUCGCGACUGGAAAUUAGAAUUGAAUAAAUUUUUAAUUAUGUACCGUAGUACUGCUCAUUCUACAACCGGAGUAAGUCCGUCCGAAUUACUUUUUGGUCGAAAAAUCAGAACAAAGUUACCGGAGUUAAUUGAUUAUAAUAUUAAUGAUUUUGAAGUACGCGACCGAGACGCCGAACAAAAGGAAAAAGGGAAAAUAUAUGCGGAUAAGCGUCGUGGUGCGUGCGAGAGUGAUAUUCGUGUCUCCGAUCAAGUUCUAGUCAGGCAAGACCGUGGAAAUAAAAUGUCUACACCUUUUGUUCCAUCCCCUUUUAAAGUGGUUGAGAAAAUUGGUAAUAGUGUAUUGGUUGAAUCUGACCAAGGUGUUCAAUACAGGAGAAAUGUGACACAUUUAAAGAAAUUUAUUGAGAGAGAAAAUAAUGAUUUAUCUUGCUCACAAUCUGAUGCAAACAAAAAUGUAGUUAAUACAGAGUCUGUAAUUAUUUCAAGUCACAAAGAUGAUUUUGAGAAUUUAAAUGAAUCUAGUAAUUUUGAUGAAAAUAAGUGUUUAAUUUCUAGUCAAGAUGAAACUUGUAGUAUGAAAGAUAGACCAGUCAGAGUGAAAAAGUUACCGUCAAAGUUUGACGAUUUUGUUUUGAAAUAA